CUCACUAGUCGUUCUAUGGAUGAAGGCGAAUGGGAGCUGGCGGAGAGCGACCGGUGUUAUAUUAUAAGGGUAGUAAUCUAAGACUAGGACGUUAUUUACAUCAAAUCCCUUCGCAGAAUGAACAUGGAUGAAGAUAACCGAGUGCCUGAAGAUCUCUCACUUGAAGAGAGAGAUGAACUGUCCAACAUUAGACGGAGGAAAAAAGAGCUGCUAGAUGACAUUGAGCGGUUAAAGUUUGAGAUCUCAGAAGUCAUGACAGAGAUCGAACAUUUAACGUGUGUCAGAGAGACCAAAAGCUCUCAGAGGAACAAGCAGAUUGCUGUCGGAAGAAAGAAAUUCAAUAUGGAUCCUAAAAAGGGAAUCCAAUUUCUUUUGGAGAAUGAUCUUCUGCAGCACACACCUGAGGACAUCGCACAGUUCCUCUAUAAAGGCGAAGGCUUAAACAAAACUGUCAUAGGAGAUUAUUUAGGGGAACGAGAUGACUUCAACAUUAAGGUUUUGCAUGCAUUUGUGGAGCUUCAUGAGUUUGCUGAUCUCAACCUGGUGCAAGCAUUGAGGCAGUUUUUGUGGAGUUUCAGACUUCCUGGUGAAGCACAGAAAAUUGAUCGAAUGAUGGAGGCCUUUGCUGCUCGAUAUUGCCAGUGUAACCCAGGUGUCUUUCAGUCCACAGACACAUGCUAUGUUCUCUCGUUCUCCGUCAUCAUGCUCAACACCAGCUUGCACAACCCUAAUGUCAGAGACAAGCCCACGGUGGAAAGGUUCAUAUCCAUGAAUCGGGGCAUCAACGAGGGAGGAGAUCUGCCUGAGGAGCUGCUCAGAAAUUUAUAUGAAAGCAUUAAGAAUGAGCCUUUCAAAAUUCCUGAAGACGAUGGGAACGAUCUAACUCACACAUUCUUUAAUCCGGACAGAGAGGGAUGGCUGCUAAAACUAGGGGGAAGAGUAAAGACCUGGAAGAGGAGGUGGUUCAUUUUGACAGAUAACUGUCUGUAUUACUUUGAAUAUACAACAGACAAAGAGCCUCGGGGGAUCAUUCCGCUGGAGAAUCUUAGUAUAAGAGAGGUGGAGGAACCAAGAAAACCAAAUUGCUUUGAGCUCUACAACCCCAGUCAUAAGGGGCAGGUAAUUAAGGCAUGCAAGACGGAGGCUGAUGGGAAGGUGGUGGAGGGGAAUCACGUGGUUUACAGAAUAUCCGCACCCACGCCGGAGGAGAAAGAAGAGUGGAUCAAAUCCAUCAAGGCAAGCAUUAGCAGGGAUCCUUUCUACGACAUGUUGGCUACUAGGAAACGGCGAGUGGCCACUAAAAAGUGAGCCGUAGACCUUUCGAGUUCAGGUUUAAUAAUCACUCUCCAAGUGGAAACCUUCACAUGGGAUCCUGAAUGUUCUGGAGGUGACAGACAGAGACAUGAGCUCUCUUGAGGAUAAAGAAGGACAAGAUUUAAAAAAUGAUGGGGUCUGUAUAGGUCCUGAGGUAAUGUA